AUGAAUUCAACUUUAGAAAGGAUAUCAGCUGAAGAAUGGCAUUAUAGACAAAAGACUAUAAACAUAUCUAAAUCAUUUAUGAAUUAAAUAGUUCUGAAUUUCUUUAUUGUAGAAGGAUAUAGAGAUGCUGCAAUAGAAUUUUCUAAAGAAGCUGCUAUUCCAUGUAAUUCAAUGAACUUAACUUUUAAAUAGUGUCUACUGAAGAACUUGAUUAAAUGAUAGAAAGAAUAGAAAUUAAAAAAAAUAUUUUAGAUGGUGAUAUUGACUCUGCUUUAGAAAAAGUUAACAAGAAAAAUAAUAAUUUAAUACUUUUUAAAUUAAAAACAUAAAAAUUAAUUGAGCUCAUUAAGAAAGAUUAAAUCGAUCAAGCAGUUAAAUAUGCGUAAAGUGAAAUUAUAUAACUCUUACCAAACUAAGUAAUUUUUUUAUAUUAUAUAUAGCCUCACUUAAUUGAGGAAAUAGAAUAAGCUAUUUCUUUAAUAGCAUUUUCCGAUAUUAAAAAGAGUCCAAUGAACCAUCUUAUACAAAAUUCUUAAAGAAUUAAAGUGGCUAGCGAAGUCAAUUAACUUUUAUAUCAGGACUCUAUGGGAAAUGAUUAGGCUAAAUUAAGAACAUUAAUGAAAUUGUUACUAUGGGCUUAAGAAAUAUUAAAGUCUGAGAUUUAGUAUCCUCAACUCUUAGAAAUUUCAAAAGGAUAAUUCUCUAAAGAAGAGUGAGU